ACGAAGUUCUAAAAUGCGCAGUAAAUAGAUUAUGUGAAUAAAGAUGAGGAGGAUAUUGGACCUACUCUCUUUCCCAGAUAUUGCAUAUACAAAUUCCCAAACAAAACAAACAUUUCAGUACGAAUAACACAGCUCUUAAACUUGCGUUUUAAAAAAGUUUUCAGUAUGAAGUGGGCUAUCGCUAUAUAGCGGACGGAACGGUGUUCAAUUUUCAGUAGAGAAUUUAAGAGUGCGGUAAUUUAUUCAUACUUAGUAUAUUUCAGAGACGAAAUCUAAUUAAAGAUAAGAGUAUAAAUAAUUUAAUAUACCAACCGUAGGCUCCGCCAGUCACAGUGGGAGAUGACAAUAGGUUGCAGAGCCCAGCAAUUGGUCGCAAAUAAGUGCUUUGGAAAAUGUUCUGUACGCUCAGCAGAAUAUCGUAAGAGAGUUAGGCCCAUCUGCACUUUCAGUAAGAAUGUGAUUCAACAAAAAGAUGAAGUGAUAAGUGAAUAUUAUCACCGCACAUUAUAUACAUCGAAGAAGUUGGCAGCCACUCCUCGGCUUUCGCCCCAAGAGGUCACCAACAUUCUUCGUGCCAAUGAGCAUACACAGGAGUUUACCACAACUGGCUCUGUCAAAUCAUAUGAUUCAAAUCAACUUUCAUCGAACAACCCUAUUGAAGAUACAAGGACUGAGGCACAAUGUCUAUUAACAAAAGGUCUAUUACUGGGAGUGUUCGAUGGACAUGGUGGGGCAUCAUGUGCCCAAGUAAUUGCAAAGAGACUUUUUCACUACAUCACUGCCUGUUUGCUUCCACCAGACAUUCUUCAUAAAUACCUCAAUGCUUUGGAAAAUAAUGAGACUAUGGAACUUCUUGAUGUAUAUAAUGACAAGGUAGAAUUAGUAGAUGAACUAAAGAUUUUGUAUGAAGCAAGUUUCAAAACGUUUGUUAAAGAACUGUCUCAAAUUAAGGAUAAUCAAAGAGAUUUUCAAAUGAAAGAAGCAAUGGAAAAAGCAUUCCUUCGACUGGAUUAUGACUUGUCUAAAGAGGCUUUAUAUAAGAAUGAUGGAAAAGUAAACAUGAAAACUUUGUCUGUAGCGAUGUCAGGUGCAGUAGCCUGUGUUGCACAUAUUGAUGGGCCCCACUUACACAUAGCUAGUAUUGGAGAUUGUCAGAGUGUUCUGGGAGUGCUCACUGAUGACAACACAUGGACUGCCAAGAAACUGACAACAGAACAUAACACAGAUAAUCAAGAGGAAAUUGAAAGAAUUUUCAAGGAACAUCCAAACAAUGAAAGAGAUACAGUCAUUAAAAUGGAGCGACUCCUGGGACAGCUGGCCCCUCUUAGAGCAUUUGGAGAUUUCAGAUACAAGUGGAACAAAAGCACACUGAGCAGCACUGUGCUCCCUCAUUAUGGAGAGAGUGUAAUUCCUCCAAAUUACUACACACCACCAUAUCUUACAGCACGUCCUGAAGUGAAACACCACCGGCUCACUCCUAGGGACAAGUUCUUAGUGAUAGCAUCAGAUGGGCUGUGGGACCUGGUGUCACCCUUGCAAGUGGUACGUCUAGUAGGAGAACAUAUGAGUGGAAAAGUAACACUCAGCCCAUUUAGACUUCCUCGCAAGGACAUGCGCAUUUCUGACAUCAAUAACAUGUUGCUUCAGCGUAAAGAGGGAUUGAAGAUGAAACCUAUUGACAGGAAUGCAGCAACCCACUUAAUGAGAAAUGCUUUGGGUGGCACGGAGUAUGGCAUUGAUCAUGUAAAACUGUCUCAGUUGUUGUCAAUGCCACAGGAAUUAGUCAGGGUGUUCAGGGAUGAUAUAACUAUUACAGUCACAUACUUUGACUCAGAAUAUUUACGGCAUUGCCCCCCAUAAAUGCUUUGAUAGAGUAGUGUAAAUAUAGUUAUUGUACAUACACACAAUAGUGUAGUAACUUAUUGUCUCUCAGUUCAUAAAUGACAUACUUUGUCAUGAAUCCUUCCAGAUGUUUUAUAUAUAUACAGGAUUAAUGUAAUUUUGAAGAUAAUGUACUCUCAUAAUUUUGAGAAACUGAAUUUCUGGUGACAAAAUGAUGGCCACUUUGGCUCUUGAAAGAGUUCCAAAUUACAUAAUUUUUGUAAAUUACUGUUUAAUAGAAUGUAGUCUUCACUUCAUACUUCUGAAAAAGUUAUAGAUACAAUGCCCAAACCAUGGGUCAGAGUCCAAUGGCCAUCAUCUUCAUCACCAAUCUGUGGAGCUCUUAAUUAUAUACAAUUGUCAACUGACUCUCUGGAGCAAUCUUUCUUGAGAAAAUUAAUGGAGCACAAGAGUUCAUAAGGGCCACAAAUGGACUGUAUCCAGAGUUAGGUGAAUCAUGUUCACAUCUUCACCUUUAUUUUUAAUAUCUUCCCAUCAGGUUGCUUGUUCAAAAUUUCUUGUCUCUCACAUAUGUGCUUCAUGCCCCACCUAAGAGUAGAUUAUUAAGUUACUUAAUUAGCACUUUUGUCCAACUUCUUGUUAUUCCCUUUUACUUAGGUUCAGAUGUUUUUCUCAGUAUCUUGUUUCAGACACUGUCAAUUUAUGUUCUUCCUUUAGUGUGAGACCAAGGGAAGAAGAUAUUCUCAACUGAAGAGUAGAAAGCAUUCCCACAAUUGUAUUUGUUCUUAUAACUUAUUUCUGAUUUGUUCCUGUGAUUCAAAAAUAUUUUGACCUUGCUGAAAUGUUAAGGAAUUUAUUAGCUACCUUUAUGUCAUGAUUUUUUACUUUAUCUCCUGAAGAGACAUGGAUAUAUGAGUAUAGCAUUCUAUGUUUACUUCUAGACCAACCUCCAUUCUAAUGUCUAACAAUUUCUGUGCUCUCACCCAAUAAGUUAACAUCAUCAGCACAGACCAAACACGGACUUUCUUUGACCUAUCUCAUGAUGUACAUGAAGAAAGUUGAUAAGUGGUGAUAAUAAAAUAUUUCAUUUCAACCAUUCUGAAUGGGAAGUGCAACAGAUCUGUGCAGGCUUUGCUACAAGUUUCUCUGUGUAAAACACAUUUUUAACAUACUUUCAUAAUUUUGAAAACAAAUAAAAGGAGGCAUAUAUCACAUUGCUCUGUGUUUCCCCUCCACUCUUGUUCUUGGGCAACAGCCUAGGAACAACUAAUAGGAGGUGAGGGCCAGCAGCAGUUUACCCAACCUGAUCCAGCCUUGUGUCUGUGUGUUCCCUGUAACCUCACUGCUAUGCAGCAGCUCAGUAAAGACAUCCCCAUGGCAACAAAUACACACACAACAACAGAACUGCUGCAUUCGGUGUGUUCUGUGCUGUCCGCAUUGGAUCAAAUACUCGAUAUGUAGUGAAAGGAAAGUAGAUUAGUUCUUCCCAUGACUUCUUGUAAUUAGUGUAAGUAGUUUUGUGGAUAUACCAGAUUCAGUGAGAAUGGUGUACAAUAGUUCUGUCCUUAGUUACAGGUUACUCGAUGUCUAUCUCACUCUACUCCAGUUUCCUUUUUAGCAGCUGACGAAUUGCAGAAUGUCUGAUCAAGAGUUGACCUAUCACACCAAAAUCAACACCGAGGAUCUCCAGUUAUUUAGUCUACAUUAAAAAAUUAAGCUUAAGAGAACAAUGGUAGAAAGCUGUAUGAAGUUAACAGAAAGAAUGUCUCAACCACCCUUUUUGUAAGUGGGUACAAGGGUAUAGUAGAUUCUUUCCAAUGCUAUAUUAAUGCUUUCUUAAUCCAGACUGAAUGAGUAAAUUUGCAGAUCUCGGACUGUAAUGUUUUAAUUCCUUUGAUAAGUUCUGACAGAAUUUGGUUAAUAACUUACAAUUUAUGACUCUUCAAUUUUCAACCCAAAAGAACUAGACUCGGGUAUUAGUCUGCCCAAUAACAUAAACCCCAUAGUGUACAGAUGUAAUUUUAUCCAUCUACUUAAGAUACUGUGGGAAUCUUCAAGCAGGUUAACCAUUCUCAUCAUUUACAAAGGUCAAGUUUAAUUAUUUUUCUUAAAUCAUUUGUGUCUCUAAUAUCAUUUUUGAAGAGUUCUAUCUUCUAGGAUAUGUCAUGUGUAGUGUGGUGGAAGUCAACUGAGAUUUCAAAGGAACAUUUACCUUCAUCUUCAGGGUUGAAAAGUAAGCCAUGCAAGACACCAGCAUGAAGUAAAGCUCUGCUUCUUGCUUGCUUCAUGAUUGGCAUACUCUUCAAGCAUGGAGGUGAUAUGUUCCUCUGAAACGUUGACUUUCACCAGACUACAUAGCAUUAUGUCUUGCAAGACAGAAUUAUUCAGUCACUGCUGUGAGAAACUCAAAUCCUGCAAUAAAGUGUCAACUAGUUUUCAUAUCUUACAUUGUUACCAUCACCAUUGUACAUAUUGAUGAAAAUAAACCUAAACUAAAAUCCUACAUCACAUUUGUAAACUAUAUGAUUCUCUUAACUGUUUAGGUCCUGGAAUGGACCACAAAUCUUCAGACUACAUUUAGACCAAAUACAGAUUUAAUAAUAAUAAUAAGUGCUAUAAUGAAGUUUUUGGUGACUGUAAAGGCUUGUAGGAUAAUUGCAAGUAAAUCAUUACACUUAACAAGUUUAAAUAUCUUAAAACCUACCUGUAAAAUAUUUUGCUAGUGCAUAUAAUUCUAAGAUACUACCUGAACCCAGCAUAACACAUGCUGGACUAGCAGAUCUUAAAAGGACAUUAAUUAAAUAUCAAUGUAUUUCAUUUA